AUGAGUUCGAUCUCGCGCUUCAUAACCUGUUUUUCUUGUGGCCGCCAUGGCGGCAACAAAUCUGACUCUCCUCGCAAAAACAAACCGGGAGGUGGCACCACCGGCCGGGACGGCAAAGGCAUAGCUGGCUCUCCCCACAAAAACAAACCGGGAGGUGGCACCACCACCGGCGGCGGCGGCAACGGCGUAAUUGGCUCUCCCCACAAAAACAAAUCGGGAGGUGGCAACACUGCCGGCGGCGGGGGUAAUCAUCAUGGUUCGGCUAUUGCUAAUACUCUCUUGUACGGCUCUAUGUAUGGAGCUGUAGUUGGUGGAGACGGAGGUAGCAGUGGAGGUGACCAUCAUCAUCAAGGCCAUGACGGAGGCGAUGGCGGCCACCUCCACAAUCACCACCACCAGCACCACCACGGAGGCCAGAAUGGAGGCGGGUACAGUGGCGACGGCGGACAACAAGGCAUCGGCGGUCACGGUGGACACCACGGCGGUGGCGACGGAUUUAUCACGGGCGGGGGUUUCGAUGGAGGCGGACACCACCACGGUGGUGGCGGCGGCGAUUUUAGCGUAGGUGGUGGUUUCGAUGGAGGUGGACACCACCACGGUGGCGGCGAUUUCAGCGUAGGUUAUGGUUUUGAUGGAGGUUGUUUUGAUAGAGGCGGUUUUUAG